AAGCGGUCGCAGCGCUUGCCCUCUAGCCCUGCUGCCGCAUAAGCUCCACGAGCUUGCCAUCCUCAAACGGUGGCUCUGCUUAGCUUUACCACUUCGUGCAAGCCUCAAUCAUAUCUCCAUAAUGCGCUCAAGCAAUCCCUCCCUCCGCUCUCAGCAAGCACGUCUAUCUCUACACUACGCCAUCGUGGUCACAGUGCUGGUCAUGCUACUCGCCGUCAACGCCAGUGCACUACUGUUUGACAAGGAUGAUGGUCGUUCAAGGCCUGAGCCCAGCGAGGCUGCUACGACUGAUAGCUCAUUGUUGCUGGCAUCGGAUCAAGUAGUCCUUGCACGCGGUGCUCCCGUCGCCAUCACGCCCGGCGCAAUGCCUACUCCUGCCCCCUUCGUCAUGUCCUACCCGCCUUCGGGCGAAGAGGAGACAGCCUCACACAACGUUGUCACCUUUACCAACUCCAUGGGCUGCAUCGAGACCAUCACCGCCGGCACUGCUGGCAUGACGGGCAGCGGUGGCUCUCCCGAAGAGACAUGGAUCCGAAUUGCAGGCAUACUCGUCCCUGCCAUUGUCGCCAUUGGGCUCGGUGUGGGUGGCUUCUUGGUCACACUCCACGUCAAUAGGCGCAACCCUGAUGGAGAAGACGAUUGGAGGAACUGAGCACUGUACCAACCCAUCCUUUCCCUCUACCCCGUCACUGUCAUCAUCAAGGGUCCAUAUACACGUUGGACGCCUCAAGUCUCAAAGAUCAUUCCCCAGCAUCUGCACACAACUACCCAUCGCUAUCGACGCCAACGAAGCUUCACGACUGUAUACUGUAAUCCAUCCACUCUCUGUUCCACUGUUCCCAUCGCACACCGGCAAUACCGUUUCCACUGUAGACUCUUUCCCCUGUUACUAGACUCCCGUCAGUCGUACUGCUCCUUUCGUGCCAAUGGUCAAUACUAGCGAAAUGACUGCAAAGUCUGCGUCUGAAUGAAGAUGA